ACAUCUACUAUGUCGCGCGAUGUGACCGGCAGUCUGCUUAAGUCUACAAGUCUACUACUCCACAACCGUCGACAGCUUGCAGCUCUCCCGAGACCCAUGGCCGCGCGCUAAACCCGGCUUGCGCUACGUCAUUGGCUCACGACGAAGCUCUGCUUUUCUCAUGCGACGCCCUCUCCGUCAUUGCUCGGCCAGUCUUUUGCCUACCGACCGUCUACACAGUAGACAACAGUUGGCAAUUGUGUACCGUCGAGGCAGAUGAAUUAGCCAUGGCCUCGUCCUGCUCCCGCCAGCUCAUGCGAGCUCCCACUAGGACGCGAUAUCCUCGUACCACCUUCUGCCAUGCGCGCCUCUCCCUCCCUUCACGCUCCUUCUCGUCUACUCGAGCCGCUUUCGAUAAGCAGAACUUCCACAGGAAAGAGUCGUUCCGCUCUCGGCUGAACUCGGCCCUGAAAAGCACAAAGAUCAAAUGGGAACCCAUCCCAAUAGCCCUAGGCAUCGGCUUCCUGGGCGCAUUCCAGAUCUAUCGCAUACAACGAAGAGAGAAGCAUACACAGGCAGAAAGAGAAAAGGAUGACGAGACGGCAUUAGAUAACCAAGGUCGCCCGAAGAAGCGAGAAAGGAUACGGCCAAGCGGACCAUGGACUGUCAGGGUCAUGUCAACCCUACCAUUGAAGGCUCUCUCACGAGUAUGGGGUCGCUUCAAUGAGAUUGACAUUCCAUACUAUCUACGAGUGCCUGGCUUCAAGCUCUACUCGUACAUCUUCGGCGUAAAUCUAUCAGAAGUCUCAGAGCCAGACCUUCACGUUUAUCCAAAUCUCGCCUCCUUUUUUUACCGCACUCUGAAGCCAGGAGCGCGCCCCCUAGAUCCGGAUCCCCACGCCGUCUUAUCGCCUGCAGAUGGCAAAGUCAUCCAAUUCGGAAUAAUCGAGCAUGGUGAAGUCGAACAAGUCAAGGGUGUGACGUACAGUCUGGACGCUCUACUGGGUUCCAACAAACCUUCAACGCCAGAGCAUAACGUGGCAGACUCGCAAAUCAAAUCCAGCUCGCAGCAUGACGCAACAACCGAAGAAGACAUUGUACGCGCAGAUGAAGAAUUCGCCAACGUAAACGGCAUAUCCUAUACCUUGCCGAAUCUCUUUUCUGGACCUUGGCCAAAGGGCGGCAAGCCCGCAGAGAUGCCAACCGACCAGUCCACCGCCCCAGCCGCCUCCUCCGAAGCAGAAGUCCGUGCCGAUCUUGCUUUGAGCGAAGCCCAACGGCCAUGGUGGGCGCCUGCUUCCGUCACAACACCAACAGCACUUUACUAUUGCGUCAUCUAUCUCGCACCAGGCGACUACCAUCGCUUCCACUCGCCCGUCUCAUGGGUCGUGGAGAGUCGCCGUCACUUUGCUGGAGAAUUGUAUAGUGUAUCUCCGUAUUUACAGCGCACGAUGCCUGGGCUGUUUACUUUGAAUGAGCGCGUCGUACUUCUCGGCCGUUGGCGUUGGGGUUUCUUCUCCUACACACCCGUUGGCGCAACGAACGUGGGCUCCAUCAAGAUAAAUUUCGAUCGAGAAUUGCGCACCAACAGCCUUACGACUGAUACUGCCGCAGACCGCGCCGCCGAGCAAGCCGCCGAAAGGGGUGAACCGUACUCUGGCUUUGCGGAAGCCUCUUACACUAGUGCGAGCCGCGUACUGGGCGGCCACGCGCUGAAACGUGGUGAGGAGAUGGGUGGUUUCCAAUUGGGCAGCACGAUUGUACUUGUCUUUGAGGCACCGAAGGGAACUAGACCCAGCCUAGACGAGGGGUAUAAGGGACUUAGGCAAGGUGGCUUCAAGUGGAACAUUGAGCAAGGGAAGAAGGUCAAGGUUGGCCAGGCGUUGGGUGCAGUGGAAGAGCCACAGUGAUGAUGAGUACGCGGAAGAGUCGAACAUAUGAUAUUAUGUCUAGCAGUUUACGUUGUAUGAUAGGUUGUGAACUCUCUGUUGGCACAUGAGCGCUGCUUGGCGAUGUACAUAGUGAAGCCGAAUGAUCGUCAGUUGAGGUCGGUUCGGGUUCGAAUGUGACGCGUCAGUGGAAGCCUUCAGUGCGUUGCACAUUCCAAUCCCAACUCACAAUGCCUCAGCUGCUUCUCUAGUCGCGUCUGACAUGUACGAGCCACAUGCUUUACAUGUGGAAGGGCGCUUCUCUUGCGCCAUGGUCGCCGUUGCCCUUCCGACGCUCGAAAAUCAUGCAUAAUCCUCUGCACGCUAAGAGAGAGCCCUUGAUAUAAACUUGCUCAUCCCGAGAUCUGGCAAACCGCGACGAAAG